CGCGCUGAACGGACCCAUCGUUCGCUCUUCUGGGGUCUGAAACAUCAGCGAGUUCAAACAGACACGCUCGAUCGGGAUUUCCUUUAUUGGAAACAGUUUCGCCCGUGCAAACGAUAUUCGUUCCCUCCGUAAAGUUUUAAUUCGAGCUUCCAAAGAGACUGAAUUCGGUGCGGAAAACCGGUAACCCGGUGACUUCUCGAUCGGAAAAUAGGCCCUCCUCGUGGCUGCUCGGGGAAUUCGUCUGCGAAGGAAGCACGUUGCCCUCCGACGGUGGCUCUUCCUGUUUGUUGGACGUUGGAUAAACGAAGAAGAAUCAUGCAUCGGUGACACAACUGCAUUCAAAAUAUGUUUGCUGGUUGGUGCCAUUCUUAAUAUUUAACUGCGAGUUUUCACUGUUACUACUUACGAAACUCUUGCGCACGACUGAAAGUUCUCAACGGCGCCAAGAUGAUGCUGAUCAAGAGUUUCUUCCGGAGGAUCAUCAAGGACUUCCGGCACAAGGAGCUGCUACCCCUUAAAAUGAUAUUCUUCGUUCAGGCAUCGACGCUCUAUGUACUUUAUCCAUACUUGACGAUCCAUAUGCGGGAACUGGGCAUAAACGUGGAGGAAACUGCCAUAAUGAGCGCCAUAACACCGGUGAUCGCAAUGGUGAUGCCACCCUUGGCCGGAAUGUUCGCCGAUCGCGUGGGAAACUUCAAAAUUUUACUAUCCCUGUUCUCGUCCUUUGGCGGAGUCGCGGCGCUUUUAUUGCUGCUCGUUCCAAUAGGCAGGAUAACCGUGGAAUUUCCGGACAGAGUCGUUAUGGAUCUCGGCUGUACAGGGAAUAACGGGCUGCUUUACACGAUGAGCCAGAACCAUCCUUGCGAGACGAAGCUGCAAACGGAGAUCUCCACGAGGCUCGAGAGUUGCGGUUACACGUGUCGUAUGGACGUUUAUAACGACACGGAUACGAAGUCUAUUGUGUCGUCCAGAAUGUACACGAUCAAACGCCACAAUUUGGAAACUGGCGCCAAUUCCACGAUCGUGUUCUCGAACGCUCAAACCGACAUGCCGCUGGACAAAGACGAGGAUAUCAGGGAGCAUCGAAAGCUGACGAACAACGAGCACUUCAAAACGUCCAUACGGCAACUCUCGAGGAACGAGUACUACUUCCCGACCUACCAGCUCUACGAAUUCACGUGCACGGUGUCGGGAUUCAUCGAGGACUUUGAAACUUCCACCCUGGACACCGCCAUGUCGAACAGAAUCUACGAGAACCGCACCCUUUGCGCCUUCAACCCAAUUGUAACUCAGAAGGACGACUUGGACCAACUGCUGAACUACCAUUCGUACAAAUCGAAGCUGAAGGAGCUCGAGGUGACCGACGAGGAUCGCGACACGAAACGAAGGAGAUUCUUGUCGGAGGAGAUAUCGUGGACCAAGAAGACGUUCCAGAAGAUAACCUGCGGGAAUCCCGACCUGGAAACGGAGAGGAUAUUUCUGAAUCUACCGCUGUACAAUUAUUCCUUGAGCUCGGAACCGUACAGGAUAUUGAACAGCGAGGAGUGCAGCAAAAGGUGCAUCGUGACUGCGCCACGGAAGGAAAUGUGCUCGAACAAGGACAUGGUCGUCGAAUUCAACAUCAGCGCUACCUUCUGGAUGUACUUCGCCAUUAGGGUAUUUAUCAGUGUCAUCGGCGGUACCACGUUCGCCAUGUUUGAAGGCGCGGUAAUCGCGAUACUGCGCGAACAAAAGGCCGACUAUGGCCUUCAGAGGAUUUAUGGCAGCAUCGGAGGUAUGAUAUCGUCGCCUCUUUCCGGGCUUCUCAUCGAUUACGCGAGCACUGGCAAGAGUUACACGGAUUUUAGGCCUGCAUUUUAUCUGUACGCGGCCCUGAAGCUCAUGUCGGGGAUACUGAUGUUAGCUAUCAAUUUGGAAUUCAAAUCACCGGCCAGCAACAUUGUUCGCGACGUUUUCACCGUUUUGAGGAACAUCGAGGCGGUUGCUCUAUUUAUCGCCUGCUUCAUUCUCGGAACCGCCUGGGGCUACAUCGAAUCGUUCCUGUUUUGGUUGAUACAAGAUUUAGGAGGAUCAAGAUCACUCAUGGGUAUCACCAUAACCGUAGGCGGUAUAGCCGGUAUACCAUUACUGGUCCUAUCUGGUCCAAUCAUAUCAAAGAUCGGCCAUGCCAAUGUACUUUUCAUAGGCUUCAUUUUUUACGCCAUAAGACUUUGUGGUUACUCGUUGAUAUACAACCCGUGGCACACUCUCAUCUUCGAGGCGCUAGAAUCCGUCACUUUGUCGCUUAGUUUUACCGCCGCUGUUACUUACGCAGCGAAAUUGUCCACCACCACCACGGACAGCUCGAUACAGGGACUACUAGGCGGAGUUUAUUAUGGAGUCGGCAAGGGCUCCGGAAGUUUGAUCGGCGGUUAUUUGAUGAAGGCGUUCGGUACCCGACCGACCUAUCGCAUAUUCGCGGUGAUAACCCUAAUCACCGGUAUGAUGUACUACAUCUUCAACGUGGCGUACCUGAAGAAGCGGCCCCAGGUCGAGGGGAACGACAUCGUGAAGAAGAAGCCGAAGAAAAUGGAGAAUCAGAACGGCGUGGAAAGCGGAAUAAUCGAGAUAGGGCUGGAAGAGAAACGCGACAACGAGGGGAAAGAGAAAGAAAAAGGAUCAAGCAAUCUGACCGGGAUCGACAACGAGGCUUUCUCGAAGGAGCAAGAAAACGUGAAGUUGUCGAAGGAAGAAGAGAAUCGAAACAAUAUGGAGAUUAUCAACAACGCGAAGAACCUCGACAAGAUCGAGAAGGCGGAGGACAACGGCAGGAAGAAAUUCGGCGCGAAGAGGCUAAAAAAAGUGCAAAUCGACGAACACGAUCGAGCGAAAGAGUGCUCGAAACAGAACGGUACGACGAAUCCGAGCUUCGAGAACGACGAUCAAGAUCGGUGUAACGUCACCGUCGAGAGUCAGCCCAACGACAAGAAAUGAAAAAAAGUUCCUUUUAGAGAGAUCUCGACGCCCUUUCCCCUCAUUAUGAUCUUUAUUCUCGAUAAAACGAAUCGAUUCAGCGGAAUUUAACGAAUCGGUAACGACGGCGAAACAGUAACAGAUUUCUCGUCGAGUCUCGUGCUUGUACAAACUCUGUAUACUCAUACGUAGUUGAAGAUGCUUGGGUAAAGACGGUACUGUUCGUUAUUGUUAGAACGAUGCAAACGGAGCAUCGCUGUUAGAAAAUUAGCCACGAUCAAGAAUUUUCGAACGAUCUUGAGUCUAUUUCAGUUUCGAAAAGAUUAGAAAUCGUUCUAACAACGACGAGCUUACUAUGUACGAUAAUAAUACACGACGAUGCUCUAAAAUUUUAUUUAUCCGCUAUUCGAAGAUACUUUAACUAACAUCGUGCAUGUACUUCACAAUGUCAAAUAUCGAGUUACGUUUAUUACAUAUGUUUCUGUUUUCUUUUUUUAAUAUCGAGACAACGUAGAGACAUAACGAUUCCAAAUGUAAAUGUAAUGUUUCAUUUUUAAUUCUUAGGGUAACAUUAAAUCUCUAUUUUGUACACUUUUUUUUCAUAGAGUAAUAUAAAAUAAAGAUACUAUAGUUUGUACGUUUAAAGAUUAACGUACGUUACAGAUUAAAUAGAAUUUCAAUUAAUUCUAAUAGACAUAAGUGUUAAUAUAAAUAUGUUGAAACCCAUGAAACGAGUAUAUUUGUUAUUGUUGUAAGAACGUUAUAUAUAUAUAUAUUUUUGUCCGUAAAAUAGGGUAACGCGAACGUUGAAAUAUGGACGUAUUAAUUGACGCGAGCGUCAGAAAUCUGUAACGGUACCGAUAUUUUAUAGUUUAUAUUAACACUUGGAGCCCCGUCGAUGAUACUCUUACCACGCAUUGAAAUCACCCGAGCGGCGUUUAUAUUAAUAGUAACAUCGCGAUCUUAUUACAAAACUGCUGUCGAUCUUUUCAGUACAAUGAAUUCCGAUUCCCUUUAAAUAUCGUAUAACUUUGAACAUUACUAAACGCAUCGUAAAAUCAAGUUGAUCUUGAAGUUACCUCCCAAGAACGUUAGAAAGAAAUAUAAUUUUUCGUCCCGUCAGUUUUUGAAGAAUGCUCUCUCGACCAUUAUGUCAUAGAAUCAGUAGCUUAGCCGUUGCAUUAAAAGACCUCGAUGUUGUUAAACGAUAGAAAGCUAACGACAGUACUGCGAAGAAACAAUGUGAUAUAAUUAUGCAGGAAGUAGCGCGUAAUGGCGAAUCUCGCACAAUGUACAACCAUAAAGAGGAUAAAUUGUAUACCCGUAACUACUAUGCACAUUUUUUACCACGCGAGGAUCUCGUGGACUCGUUGAAGAUCUAACAAUAAGAGACAAAAUCCCUGCGUAGUAUUUACGGAUUAAUAAUCUUCCAUUCGUGGCAUAGUUUCGACGGAAAAAUAAAAGGAACUA